CCUUCCCGAACAAUUAUUAUAAUUCUGGAUCCCUCGUUUUCCUUAUUCCAUUAUGGAAUCCAAAAGAAGCGUGGAAGUUGGCAUCGUUUGCUUUAAGAUUGCCCUUCUUUCUCUUUUUCAUCGGCAGUGAGGAUUGUGCUAAAGUCAUCAAACGACUCUCAAAUGAGUGUCUAAGUGAAAAGAAGCUGCAAAAGAACACAACUAUGGCGUCUCGAUUGCAGCAGAUCGAAAAGGAUGAAUCUGUGCUCUUGCGUGUCACCCAUGCCAAUCUCAAGUCCUUCACAUCCGAUGUUCGUUUUUCCCUUCAGAUGAGCGUGGAGUCUGUCAAGGAAAAAUUGUGGAGAAAAUGUGGUACUUCUGUGAACUCUAUGUGCCUCGAACUCUAUGAUGAUUCCGGUUCUAAAAUUUCCGAUUUGACGGAUAAUUCCAUUCCCUUGGGCUUCUAUUCUCCCUUAGAUGGGUACCGGCUGCAUAUUAUUGAUCUUGACCCCUCAUCAGUUACUUCUGGUGGUUGGCUUGAAGAUACCUCCCUAGUGGAGAAGUUCCAGAUCUCUGAAGAAGCCUAUGAUAAGCGUGAUGACACAUUUAGAAAAUUUAAAGAAAAAUUGGCAUCCCAGAAUCCUUCAGCGUUUGAGAGUAAAAUAUCUGAUAACUACAUGGAAGAGCUCUGUGCAAAUAUUAAGGUUGGUGAUAGAUGUCAAGUUGAACCUGGGGAGAAACGGGGUGUUGUGAAAUUUGUUGGUCGGGCUGAAUCGCUUGCUCCUGGUUUUUGGGUUGGAGUUCAAUAUGAUGAACCAUUGGGAAAAAACGAUGGCACGGUAAAAGGGAUCCACUAUUUCGAUUGCUCUCCUCUUCAUGGUGCGAUGGUUAGGCCUGACAAAGUGAAGGUUCAAUUUUCAGCUCCAUUAAUCUGUUUUCCAACUUUGAAGCUUCGAAGUUGGCAACUAUCCUGAACGGGACCCUUUCGACGAUGAAGAAGAUGAGAUAUGAACAGUUCAUACUCAGAUUGGUAUUUGUAGCAUUUGUGGAACUAGCCAACCUACUUUCUGAAGCCUUGAUGAAUUGUUGAUUUCUUUUGAAAGUAAUAAAGACAUUUUGAGCUUCAGAUGGCUUUUGCUCAUGGUGGUUUGAUAUGGUUUCACGAGCUUUACUUAAAGGAAGCUAUUUUUUCUGCUGGGAAUUUCUCGAGAGAAAACAUAAAAGAAAACAAUGAUGACGUUCAGAUCUUCGGUGAUUGUUGUAUUGAAAAGGGUUGCAUCUUUCUGGUAGGGUGUUAUGAAUUGCUGCAUUGUUAAUUGAAAAAAAAAAAAAAAAAAAGUAGAUAUCGCAUUGGAAUGAAGAUUUUGCAUUGUAUUUCUAUUAGUAAAGUCUUUAGUCGUCUUGACUUUUGUAUUGCAAUGCAAGUCUCCUACGAACUCUUAAUACACAUAUAAAGAUUUCCCUUCAUGUGUA